AUGUCUAUUCUCCCCGUACCUUCUUCGCCCCGAGACAUUAGCCUUUCUUACACGUACUCUUGGGGAGAGACUUGCGCCGAGCCAGAACCUCAACCCGGCGAGACCCCGAGGGUUGCUCUACCAUCUAUUCGACAGGUCAUCCCGGAGCUACAGCUUAAAAUACGGAAAGAUGUUCCAACUAAGCCGUCGUCUUCUGUAUCCACGCCCCCCUGUGAUUCCUUCAACAGUGCAGUAAUGGGAACGCCGGAGUAUAUCCAUUCGCCGAAUCGGACAAGACAGGGCGCGUCCUCCGAAAGCGAGGAGGACCUCGAAGAUAAUUAUCGGAUGCCACGACGAUACGCUAGCACUCGCGGAGAAGUUUCCCAACAGCCAUCGCCUCCUUUGGGUCUUGGAGCAGCCCCAGAACCGUGGGCAAAUUCGCACCAGGGCAGUCCGCACGGCAGAAAUGGCACUCUUCCGCAGAUCCAAUCUCCUGUGAGGUUAGAAACGCGCGAACGGGCGGAACCUCGCCCUACCCUCCCGAGCCUACCGUUGUUAAACUUGGAACGCGAAAGAACUGAGCCAACGUGGAUUCCUGUCCGCUCGGGCGAUGAACACGUUCAGGAUGUGAGACGACCAAGUCUCCCCGGCGACCGUUACCGCGCCCUCGAACCAGGGCUUUCGGCAAGCAAUCCUUUUCACAUGUCCGAACUGGGACCCUCCCCGGCCAGAUACCAUCACGUUCCGCAACCGGGACCUACCACUUACCUGCCAGCAAACACCGGCUACGGCUAUCAGCAUCCCAGCCGCAUUCAGGCUCCCCCUGUCGGUACCCCACACCCCUACGAUAGGCCAGCCUUACCAUCGAGACCGUACGCGCAAGAUCAGUUUCAAGACGACUUCUUCCGCCUCGGCGAGUACGGCAUUGGGUUGCAGCGGAGCGAUGCGAGGCAACGGAGGCGCCGUGGGAAUCUACCCAAGGAAACUACGGACAGGCUCCGUACUUGGUUCUUCUCUCACCUUCAUCACCCGUACCCGACAGAGGACGAGAAGCAAGAAAUGAUGAGGCAGACAGGCCUGCAGAUGAAUCAGAUCUCGAACUGGUUUAUAAAUGCGAGGCGGCGACAACUGCCGGCUCUGAUCAAUAACGCUCGUGCUGAGUCCGACGCCAUGACCGGACGCAGCUCCGACGGCAAUCUCCUACCAUCGACAGAACGACUCGACUACGAUGCCGACGCUAAACCUCUGAGCGAGGGCGAGGGCGCCUCUCCCCACGAUUUCGGGAUCGAGGCCAUGAAACGACGCAGAGUUGCCAAAAUCAGCCGGGGUAGUAUUUAA